GGCUACAAAUUAGAUCUGCAUGUAGGCAGACUUGGUUGCAAAUAAGGUGUGAUAUAUAUAUAUUUUUAAAAACCUUGGAAAUUAAUGUGAUUGUUAAUGAUCAUAACAACGUUUUCUCAAGCUUGUGUAGUUUUCAAGCAACUCCCGUUUGCCACCUGUCCGGGAUACAACGAAAUGGUGAUACGGAUCAGCAUCCAGCUGGAUAUGAUGACAAACUCUUAUCGGAAGUGGUAUUUUGGCGUCCUCGUGGUUUCUGGGCUUCCCUCUCUUAUCGUGGGCCAGAUGUUUUACACCUAGAUAGAACCCCUUUCCCACGGCCAGCCUAUGAGGAGAUAUCUUCGGAGUAUAAGAAAUGCAGUAAUACAGGCUCCAACAUUCCUUAGGCCAGUAUAAUUUUUAAAUUUAGUGUAUAAUAGAAUAUAUUAAUAUACUGACCUUUAUAAUUUCAAGGAAACCACUCUUACGCAGAGGUACAUAUCAAAUCAAAAUCUGUUGAGUUGUAUUUGACAUAUUUGUAAUAUGGUACCUAUGCUCUAUUGAUUGACUCUUGUAAUUAUCAUGUUCAACAUCCACAUGCAGGUACUAUUUGCUUUCUGCCCAACAAACAAGGCAUAUGUAUAAUGACAUUUAAAUGCGUCUUAUGCAAUAUAUUUAUGCAUGUCUCAAUUUUGUUACAGUCCAAUAGAAUUCUAGCAGUAAUUUAAAUUCAAUGCAUAUCGAAUCUUUCUGGGUCAGUUACUACGUACCUAUACAUGGUAAUCUUCUGAAUUAGUUUUUAUACUCAUUUUAAUUUUCAAUCGGGUCAAAAUUACUCAUAAUUUUAUGUGGGUUUGAGUUACCCGUGGAUUUUUGUGGGCUGGAAUUACCCAUAUUUAUGAAGAACUUACAGGAAUUCAAAUAUUCAACAACUUUGCUGAGAUUUUGUAAUUCUGGGUUUCCUUUAAUCAGACACAAACUCACUAAAACAGUCUGAAUUCCACUGUGGGGGUCACGCCUAUGUAAGAUGUUUAACUUGUUCAGGCUUAGAUUGCAAGAUAUGAGCCUUUUAGAGAUCAGUGUAGAUAUUACAUUGCUUUGUAGCAUUGGAGCUAGUGAGGACUUGACACUAAAAUAAUCCAUGGUAAAUAUAUCUGAAGAUUCACAUUUUAAUGCUAAAUUUGACUCAUGCAGUUUUCGUAAACUGCAAAUGUUAAACAAAGCAGUGUGUACAUCAUAACUUUUCCCAAGACAUAAUCCGACCAAGUUUUCUUGUUUGAAAUUUCACACUUAUUUUCUUGUCAAACACUUUUUGUGCAUGUUAAUAUGUAUCUAAGAAACCUAAAACAUUGUCUCCAAAUCUUUUAAGAAGGCCAAGUCUCUGCAAAUGGUAUUGAAAAAAUUGGUAGAUCAAAGUUCUGAAUAUUGAAGCCCAUAAUAACAGGUUUUGAAGGAAAAUCUGUUAUAAAGUCUACAAACUGGGUCAAACCAUUGACUUGAUCUGUUGAAGUCGCAUUCUCCCUAUGUAGAGUGAGUUGUCCCAUGUCACAUCUGAGACCUGCUGCAGCUGAUGCUUCUUUACAGACUGGUACACUUGGGUUGAGAUAAAUAUUGAUGGUCCUAUCUUCACAAACUGCAGCAAUAUGUAUGAUGUCAAAUGAUCUACCUGAAAGCAAAACUAAGAAUUAUAUUUUAGUCCAAAGAAAAUAAAAGAAUAUUUAUAAGAAUAUAAUAACUGUGAACAGGGCAAAGGUAAACUAGAGAUAAGAUCUUACUAGGUUCAGUAGUUUUUAAAUCAAAAUACAGCAAGCAGCUUCUCUCUGGAGAAAUCAUAAGAGGCUCUGGAUCAAUGUCAUCAAUAUCGAUCUCGUCCUCAAACAUUUAAAACCAGAUACGUAAAAGUACGGCCUUUCCUUAAUAUAUACAGCAUACUAGUAGGAUACAUGUUCAUUCAAUUUACCAAGCUUUUACAUAAAUGUAGUUUUACUACUAAUGUAAAAAUACUAUAUCUACCAACACGACAGAGCACAGUCUACAAAAUUAAGAAUCAUUGACAAAUCAACAUUAAUAAAACAGUCACAAGAAAGUUUUACAUAAAAAUAUCAAAUGAAUCAAGAAGAAAAUGCAAGUAAAAAGAAUGCAACAAGUAAUCGGGAGAAGAGGUACCAAAUCAGCAUUAACAUUGAACGUCUGUGAGCAUCUGAAUAUCAUGUACUACAAUGUGCAUGUAAAUGUUGAUACAUUCAUAGCAAUGCUUAACGAAAUUUUUACCCCUCUUCUGUAUAUUGUGAAGACAGCGAAAACGAGUUAGAAUCUAUACAGUGAUAUGAAUCUUUCUUAGGAGAACUUCUGUCAGAUCGGUUUCUAAAAUUGUCUAAGAAUUCCUCUAGAAAAUCACAUAAUCUAGAAUGUUGAAAUCUGGGUGUGGCAACAACAAUCUCAGUAGUGUUCUUUGAGAGAAAUUGUCCCCAUUGCAUCUUUAACAAUUGUAAUUCUUGGCAGAAUUUUCUACGAUUUCAAAGGAAAACGAGAGGCCCAUGCACAAACUCGCUCAUAUGAGUCACCUUGGCCCUGCUAUUAUGAUUUUUAAAGAAUAUUAUUCAAUCUUUAUUCCCAUGGAUAUUUUUACUCCAACCUAUUCCAAGAGUCAUGAUAUAACCAAACUUGAAUUCACCCAAUAUAGGAAUGUCUCAAUACCAAUUCCCCUUGUUCUGGAGAACUUUAAGUUCACAGGGUCGGAGUAUGAAAUAAAAUAUCUUCAUAUAAGAUAUCUAUAUACAACGCGGGACAUCAAUGCAUCUAUUUUAGAUAGUUAAAAAUAUAUAGCACUCACGGCUGUGACAGAAGGUGUUUACUCCUCCUGGGAACUUGAUUCCAUCUCUGGUAUAUCCAGAUCCAUAUAUCUGUGUUUGCCCAACUCUCUAUUUUGUAUUCAUUAUUGGAGAUAUAAGAUUGAUCACUGUUUGUGCUCUUCAUCUUUCAUUGAAUAGGUUAGGAUUUUGUAAAAGUAGGUCAAACUCUAAGAUCAAGGUUACCAGGUGAAAAAAAUAUUGCUAUGAAUGCAUAUAUUAAAUAUGAUAGUCCCAGAGCAACGUUGAAAUUUCAGACAGACAGACAGACAGGACAAAAGCAAUAUGCCCACGAACAUGAGUCACAGAAGCAGUAAAAAAAUCUUGAAUUCAUAUAGCUAAGGAUCAUUUGCAUUUAGGUAUGAUUUAAUGUGUCCCUGUUACUUUUUAGAAGAUUUUGUUUUAAUUGAUUUUCUGCAUAUUCCGAUAUGAAAAUGAGAAUAACAUACAAUGAUCAAUCUCAUAACUGCUAUAAGGGGAAAUAGUUAGGUAAACACGGAUCCUUAGACACACCAAAGGCUGGAUCAGGUGUCUAGGAGUAAGCACCCCAUGUCGACCGGUCACAACCACGGUGAGCCCUAGAUCUUCAUCAUUAAAGCUGAAUAAUCCGCACUCGAAAUCAAUGCGUAAAGAACGAAUUAACAAUUUACACAAAAUCAACAUCAGAACGUACAUGUAUGCACUUUCAAUACUUUAUACAACCAUUUCUCACGAUAAAUUCAAGACUAUACUUUUGACAUCGUAGACAGUUGCUUCUUCAACAAAAAUAGAAAAACGGAAAAAUUAGUAUUCAGUGCCAAGUCAUCCAAACAUUACUUUCUUUAAACACCACCAUGAUUCCACGCAUGAGUACUUUAAAGUUGCAAUAAAAAUAUACUAGAGUUCCUAAUUGACAUAUAUUUGUAGUCGUUGGCGAUAAGGUCUUCAAACAGUAUGUUUCAAUUUCCAUGGGCACGAAUUGUUCUCCUUUGAUAGUUGACCUGUUUUAUGCCCUUAUGAAGCAGAGUAUAUUCUGAAUGUUCUAAAUGAAAAGAAAAAAUCUUUUCAACUUGACAUUUAGAGGUAUCGACGAUGUUUUAUCUAUUUCACUCAAAAGUCGAUUCGAUAUAUCCCUGUGAAAAAAGAGACCACAGAGUCCUCAACACAUUCUUUUUACUUAAAUAACUUAUUGAAAACGAACAUUAGCGACAAACUGAGAACUCAACUUUGUCACAAAUGGGAUGAUUUCAGCUUCUCCAUCGUCAACUUCAUAUAUUUAAUAUUCAAUUAGCACAUACAUAUGGUGUUUAUAUCUAUCAACUAAUUCGUUGCGCAAGAGCUUGUUCUGCAGUUUUUAAAUCAAGGCAGGCUACUGACAAACGAGUUGAUUAUAAAGGGGUAUCAUCAGUCUCCUUUAAAGUCAGCAUUUCGCAAGUUCUACGGUCGUUAUAACGAUGUAGUUCGUCAAUACAACCUAUCAUUUGGUCAAAUGUUGUCUGACGUGUUUCAUACUGAUCUUUAGGCCGUUCUUUGCACACUGAUUUUGUCUACGGAUUACUCUGUUUACCUGAUCAAAACAUAGGUUUCAUGGCAGGUGUAACCGGUAGACAGGGUGUACAUACUUGUCCUAGGCACCUAAUCCCACCUCUGGUAUGCCCAGUGGUCUGUAUUUGCCCAACUCUUUAUUCAAAGUAUCUUAAAUUCCUUAUAGAAGUUAUGCGAUAGAUCACUGUUCGUUAUCUUCACUUUUCAUACAUGUAAUACUUACGAGCGUAUCCUGACAUAAUGUCCAAGAUGAAUUAUGUUCGUUAUCUUCAUUUUUCAUAGUAAUUACGAGUGUAUCUUGACAUAAUCUUCAAGAUUAGAAGAAAGUUAUAAGGUUAUUUGAAACUCGUGGUAUUGUGUUGCAUGUUAAACUUCGUGAUGUGAAAUAGCAACGUGUGACACAAGACCAACAUCUUCAGAAGAUCAAUCAGGUUUGCAAGCUUAUUUCCUCUGUUACAACACACUCUUUGUGCAAAUAUUUAAUUAAUUUAAAUAUUUCGGAAUAAGUAAUGAUCUAAAAUAUAGAAAAGAGCGUGCAGAUGUGCUAAUUGAUUCGAGCAAUAUAGCACCAAUGCAUACACGGGGUACAGGCAGCAGUUUUUCACAAUGUAAACAAAAAUGGAAAAUAAGAUCUGGAAUCUUCUUACAUUUAUUGAAAUCAAACAAUUCAUCUCACCUAUAAAUAUUUAUCAAAAGAAUGAAUAUCAGUGGUGUACAAAUUUCAUUUCAUUUUGAAAUGUCCUUUACCAAAAACUAUACAUCAACAUCUGUUUUUAUGUCAAAUAAAGUGCAUUUUAAUUAGUCAAUUUUUGGUUUAAGUACAGAAUAUGUGAAGGCGUAAUCUAAUAGAAAAUAAUUCCUGUGAUAUGUAUUGCAUGUAAUAAUUGUCCGCAAGCAUUUAUCAUUCUUUAAUACUUUGUACCUCAGUUUAUAAAUGCAAGCUGUUGAAUGUGAUUGACACUGAAAGGAAAUUUGGCAUAAUGUAAUAAACAAUCACUAUUGUUACAAUUAUACCGGUUGUGGAUCAGUUGGAAACCCCGAACAUCCUUGAAUUUCUUGUCUAAUUACCAGUGGUCGCCUCAAAUUGCUAGAUGGCCCCUCUGAUUUAGUCUAACUAAUGUAGAGCGUCUAUCAUCAGUGUAAGGGGCGAGGUCAAAAGAUCGAUGUUGGAUAAAAAUCUAGAUUUAAAUAGUUAAGGGGAGAGAGAGUAAAACCAUGCGUGAGUUUCUGUCAUCCGACAUCGAUUACACUUUAAUAGAAAAAAAGACAAGGUGGGGUGGGUCUUGGUGAAAAUUAUGUGCAUGUAGUUGGGGUUUUUUUUUGGGGGGGGGGUGGUUGUGGUGGGUUUUUUUUUUUUUUGUCAGACAUUGAAGUUUUGCUCUCAUCCCUAAGCGUGUAAACUAUCGUAAAAGAGAAUUCCUCUUCUUAUCAUAACACCAAUAGGAUCAGCAAAUAAAAGAAGCGCAUGAUAGAUGGGGCAAGUACUAGUAGCCUGUACUAAGGUACAUGUAUUUACAAACGGUUACGUUGGGGAAAUAAAAUUUAAUUUCCAGUAAGAUAAAGAGAGUGGGAAUUGUCAUAAAAUGGUAAAAGUUUGAUACAUAUCUUUGUUGUCAAGUCUUAAAAGCCCAAAUAGUAUUGAUAGUAUCAACAUUAACCUAAUUCAAUAAUCAUUUUCGUCACCGUAUAUUUGUUUUUCCCAAAUUGAAGACCCUCUACUUAUCAUAUUUCAUAUUCAUAGGAUGGCUUUGUAAACACCCUUAGAUAAAAAAAAAAUAUUUAAGCGGUAGUUUCUUGAUCAACACAUAGUUAUAGUAAAAGACAAAAUGGAAAUCAUCGGUCGAAUAUUCUGUGUUGUCGCUGUAAAUAUGAUAGUAGUUCAGUGCAUCCUUUUGGAGAACAUCGCAAACCAUCCACAGACUACAGCAGCACCUCGUCCAGGGACUCUCAUUUUUCUCAUGCAAGAAGUGAUGCAGAUGAAGAAUGGCAUGAACGUUUUGCAAGGUGUCGUCACCAACCAAUCGGCAAUGUUGUUACAUCAAGCCAAUCAAAUAAACGCCUUAACAAAUAUCAGUAGCUCUAAUGAAAUCAACAAACUUCAUUCGGAAAUAGCAGUUUUGAAAUUUACCAUUGAAAAUGUAUUGAGCGACCGGCAACACUCCUUGAAUAAUGGGAAUUUCACUGAUAUUUUAUCUAAACUGCACAAUGUUGAACAUUCUGUACGACAAUUUACUUUCGCCUUGAAUGAAAAAGCCUCAAAAGCAAAGCUAAAUGCUAUUGACCAACGGCUUGCCUCGUUAUCGACUUCAGUACCACAGAUAUCUAAUCAUGAAGCGUCCAUGGAUGUACUAUGGAAAAAUACUUCGGAACGUGUACUAGCGUAAGAGUAUGACAAAAUCAUCCCAGGUAGGAAUAAUUUGUUCCAUAAAAAACCUUAAAUUUCAAUUUAUAUUCAAUCAUCGCGAAGCACCGUUAAGACUUGCUUCAUUAAAACAUGCGCCAAAUUAAUAUUUUCAAUAUCACUUUAUUGAGUCAUCAUUCUAACCAAGAAGCAUCGACGGCAAGUGCGAAAAACUGUUUUACUAAUCACAUUGCAAUCAUAUUUUCUACACUGGGACAUGUGGUCAUAUUUACUAACACAGUGGGCUUUAAAGAGCUAAAUAAAAUUUUGUAUUAAAUUUCCAACUGCGGAAAAAAUUGCAUAUGUAUGUAUAAACUAGACUAUAAGUACAUUCAAGGUAAAAUGAAUUUAAAACAACUGCGCGGCAAUUUGACUUAUAGGUAGAAUCAGAUUAGUUGGUGCACCAACGUCGUGGAUUGGUAGAGUGGAGGUGUCCUAUAACGGUUCAUGGGCCACAGUUCCCGGUAAUAUGCGUUCUGGUCCAACAUUUGACGACAGGGCUGCCCAGGUUGUGUGUCGUAUCCAACGAGAAGUGCUGCUGCUAUUCUCGGUACAUCCCGCUAUAACUUUGGGAGAGGAACAGGACACAUUGAUAUGAGUCUGUAUGAUUUACAAUGCAAUGGAAGGGAAAAUUCCCACUAUGAAAGCACACGCCAUUCUAUCGAUCUCAAUCCUCUUUAUGAACAUAAGAAUGAUGCUGGAGUCGCGUGUAUGGACGUACGUUUGGCUGCAUGGCGGAUCUUCAUCGAUGAACGGGAGAGUAGAAGUAAAUUUUGGAGAAGGUUGGGGGACAGUGUGUGAUGAUAAUUGGGAUAAUAAUGAAUAGGAUUGUUGGAUUUUAAGAAUAAAGUUUCAGGUGCAAUAUGUAUAUGUUGAUGUCUGAGUAACUCCAUAUUUUGCCUUCAGGCCUUCACAAGCACUUGAUGGAACUCCUCCUACCGGAGGAAUUGGUGUCAUCUGGUUAAGAAGCCUACAGUGCGCAGGAAGUGAAACCUCAUUAGCGCAGAGUAAACACCCAUCUUUGAAUAUUGGUUAUGCUGAGUGCACCCAUGUCGAGGAUGCACGAGUUAUCUGUCAUACGUAGUAACGCAAUUUCAAUGACAAAACCGGCAUAUAUAUGUUACUUAAGGUUUCUAGUUCUAAUUGAUGUUACCGUGGUAAUGUAAAAUUAAAAAUGCAUAAUUGACAUUAAAAUUAUUCCUUUCUACAGUACAAGUAUAUAAUCAUGAAUUUUGGCUCUAUGAAAGAAGAAAGAAGAUGAAAUUAACAGUGAUCAAUAUCGUAAAUCCCAUCAAGAAUUCAAAGUUGAGAGGACAAACACGGAACCCUGGAAGAGUUAGAGGUAUGGUUAGAUGGAUCAUGCCCAGGAGUAAGCAUCCGCUUUAUAUGUAAGAUAUACGCAUAUAAAUUGAGGCAUGAUAACGCUUUAUUUUUAAGUGCCAAUUGCAUAGUCUAUAAAAAUUGUAUAUUAAACAAAGUCUGGAAACUACUUACAUGUAAGGUAUUCAAUGAAAGAUGAAGAUUCGAUGUAAAACGAUAUUCCAUAUCUAGGUAAUGGAUUGUGAGAUUUUUGUAAUCAUGAUAGCAUUUUGUAGGUUCAUCCAAGGAAAAUAAACCACCAUAGGAUAUUUCAAAAAAAAAUUCCUGCUCGAUUCAUUUCACCUAGAAUUUUACAUUGAAGUGUAUGGGAAGAGCGUGUUUUAUUAAAUUAUUUUUCAAAGAAAUUAUAUCUUUAUACAAAUCUCUUGGUAGAAAGUUACAUAUACUUUCUCUUUAUAUGAAAUAAAAGUAAUCAUUCACCACACACAUUUCUAGAAAGUUAGAUUUUCCUUAUUUUCAGAAAGGGCAGAUAACUCUUCAAAAAAGUCUCAAGUGCAAAAAGGUCGGUUUCUAAUCAUUUACCAGUCAUGUGAAUUCCAUCUACUUCAAUUUCAUCAUUAUUUAACAAUAAACAUUUAGUUGAUUUAAAUCCUUCAAAAUUGUUCAAUAUCCUUUCGUUAUACAUGGAAUACGUUGUGUACCUUAAGGAAAGUGAACAUGAAAAAAAAAAUACUUCUAGUUGUUGCUUAGUAAACUUAAAAGACCUCCUGAAACUAAAUAGUGUGACCUGAAACUAAUUUGCUUGUUCUAUUACAAGAUUUGAUCAAUUAAACAUUCUAAAUUAAAGGUCUAUGGAGGUCAUCCAUUAUUUCCAAGCAUGCAUCUGGUGCUCUGCCAUAGAUGAGACACAUUGCUGUUGUUCACUGGGUCAGUUACAGCAGAAGGAGAUUAUGAAUUCAUAUUAGAAAUGAUGGAUAAGGCUUUGGAGCAAACAGAAUUGAAAUAAAAAGUAAUAACAAUGCAUAAAGACAAAUAACUAAACAUCCCACAAAAUAUCUUCAGCUUUUCCAACUAUUGAACUUACUCAAAAGCACUUAUAUAUUUCAAGAUUCAACAAAAUCAAUUAUUUUCAUCAUAUUUUAAAAUGUUUCCAGAGAUAAUUAAGGUAGUGACUGCAUGGGUCAUUGAAAAUUGAUGAAUCUAUAUAUAUUUUUGAUUUUUUACAUACUCGUGUCGUAGUCAAUAGUAGCUGCAACUCAUUAUGAAACUAUCAUAUAAGACUUUCAUGGUAAAUAUUAUGCUACGGUUGUCAUAGUAAUCCCCUUUAUCAACCUUCCGUAACAAUUAGUACAGAUUUUUCAGAUAGUGUUUAAAAUUGAUACAAUAAGGGGAAUGGUACAAAUUUUACAUUAAAGAUAAUAUAAGGCAUGCAUUACAUAAUUGAUGGUUUACAUUAAAAUCUCCAUGAACUUCCAUGUGAACUAAAAGCACGGCUGCUUAUUAGUAGCUUAGCUCAUUUUAGAAACCAAUUAUUCUCCAUAUUAGACAUACUUUCACCCCUCCCCCGAGAUAUAAAUAACCAAUGAAUUCUUUUGAUUUUUACAUACUGUAACAUAUAUUAGUAGCAUUGCAAUGCUUCUUGAAAAUGCUAAUAUUGGUUCCCAGGGUUACUAUGGCACUAUGACUACUUUAGUUAUCCCCCAUCUCCUUACAUGAUUAAUUGUAUCUUGUUUAACGUAACUCUCGAGAAUUUUUCACUAAUAUGGAGACUUCACCAUUGUCCGUGAAGGGCUGCAAAAUGUUGGCCUAUGAUCGGCGGGUACGGCCUUUGGGCAGGGAGGGAGCUUUAUCGUGUCACACUUGCUGCGACACGGGACCUUAGUUUUUAUUUUGCGGUCUCGUCCGGAAGGACCCUCUCCAUUUAGGCGCCUUUUACGACAAGCAAGGGUUACUGAGGACCUAUUCUAAUCCGAAUCUCCACGAGACACCAUCACCUUAUAUAAAUACUACAAUGUGACAACAUAGACUCCGUCGUACUUGUAUAACUACCAAAUAAGUAAUGCGUGCUUUGUUUACUGUUUAUUGCAAAAGUUACCAUAUAACACGGGUCCUUGUUUGCCAACUCUGAAUUUUGUAUUCCCCAUAGGAGUUAUGAGAUUGAUCACUGUUCGUUAUUAUCACCUUUUCAUAUCCUAUACCAUAUACAUGUACCGUUAAGUAUAUAUAAUUGCUGCAUAUGUCAAGAUGCAUUAGGUAUAUUGUUAGGUAAGUGCUCAGGGAUCAUCCAAAACCCAAGGGCGGAUCCAGAGGGGCGGUCCAAGGAGUCCUGCCCCCCCCCUUUUCGGACCAAAAACUUUAAGUUAUUCAAUUUUAACGACACUUUGAGUUAAAAUGAUAUGAAAGGUGGAUACUUACAUGUAAUUGCAUCAUUCAAAUUUAUCAACACCAGUAUAUCAUUUACUUAUACGAUAAAUAAGACGAAACAUUAUUUACGAUAUUUUUGUUAGAUACAAAAAUUCUAAAAAAAAAAAAAAAAAAAAAAAAAUAUGUAAGUAACAUAAAAGUUUUGUUUAAGAAGCAGACAAUUUAAAAGGGAAAAAGAAGUGCCAGGGAAUGCUUAGAAUGCAGAAUUUUGCACCAUUUACCGCAGACUCCUGGCUUAUCGGGAGUAAUCUUUAAAUCAGCCUUUUUUCAAAAACAAAUUCAAAAUCAGAUCUGAGUAUAGCGAUAACAAUUACUAUAACUCGGAAAACAUAUAGUAAAUUAACAAACAUUCUUAUGUAUAAACUGUCUCAAGAUCCCCCUAAGAUGUUAAGUACACAAGCAAAAGGUGUCAAUCGGGUGGGGUGGAGAUUGUGAAAAGUAGCUAAAAGAUGAAGUGCUACACCCCACCUUUCACAAUUCCUGGAUCCACCUAUGAAACCCUAUUUCAUAAUUGUUGAAAUAUAUUUAAAACAAUUGACGGCCUGGCCCCUAAACCAUAUACAUGUAUAUCUCUGCCUCAUAUAUCACGAUGCAUUAAAAUUUCUGAUGGGCAAGUAUCCAGGGAUCAUCCCAACUCUCAACAACUGUCUAUUCAAAUAUCUUUAAAAUGGUUGAAAUUACAACCCCUAUUGUAAAUAAAUUUUCUUGCUGCACUGAGCACCAGGUUUUGUUCAUCGUUUUUCCACCCCUUUUUACCCCUCAAAGGAAAAAGAUUGAUUGAGUUUAUAUUCAACGUCCCUCUCUAGAAUUUUCCACUCAUAUGGAGACGUCACCAUUGCCGGUGAAGGGUUGCAAAAUUUAGGCCUAUGUGCAGCGCUUACGGCCUUUGAGCAGGGAGGAAUCUUUAUCGUGCUACACUUGCUGUGACACGGGGCCUCGGUUUUCGCGGUCUUAUCUGAAGGACCGCCCCAUUUAGUCGCCUUUUACGACAGACAUAGGGUACUGACGACUAUUCUAGCCCGGACACACACACACACACACACACACACACACACACACACACACACACACACACCAUUUGCCCCAGGAUAAAAAUGAAAAUUCCGAAUGUUUAUUGCACAUCUAGAGGACACCGCCUUUUAUAUUCCAAAUAAGAGGUGUCUGAGGAAGAAGAAAGUGUGACUGACAGAUCAGGAUAAUAACAAUAUACCCAACUAUCUUUAGAGAAUGUGGAUGUAAUAAAGAAGUCCAGUAAAGGUGAUAAACUUGUCUUUCCCACACAAAUGACUAGAUGCUAACAUACACUAACGAUAUGUACAGUGUAUAUACGUGUAUCCGGUUUUAUUUUUGCAGGGUAUAUAUUCAGUUGGCGAUGGGAAAAAGUAAAGAGAUAUUGUUUUGCGGUUGACAAUGAUUUGUUUCAUCACGAAGAGAUUGAUAAUAUUAGGAAUGAUUCGUUAAGGUGUGGGUACAUGUAUACUUGGUAUAUAUAUUUUUUUAUUGUUGGCGUUAGUCCUUUCAAGGGUGAACGACUAUGCUUUUUAACAGAUGAGGGAGAUUUGUGUACAGGACAUGGAGUCGAUGGUUACAUGUAGGUACAGUAUGUGGCUUAUAAGUUAUAGUUUUGCGGAUAGCCCACUUUUUCAUCAUACUCAUGGAAAGAUUUCGCAUCAUAUUUUAUUCUGAAACUGACAAACUGACACAUAUGUUAUAUCAUAAGGAUCAUAAUAAAAUCCAUGUUUAAAUAGAAGCUCAAAAGUCAAACUUUAAAGCCUCACAAUACAGUAAAAAACAUAGUCCUCGCGGGAUGCCAGAUUAUAGCCCUCGUGCGACACAUUACAAAUCGGUACGACUUUGUGCAAAUUACAUAUGAAUUGUAAGAAAAAGGGCGAUAUACUCAUCAACAAUCAUGGUACCGGGAUAUACAUACUCUCUAUCAAACAAAUUAAGUAGGCAGAGAGAUGAAAUGACCGAAAUGCAUGGGUUUAAAUCAUCAAUUUCAACAUUGUAGAGUUACUUGUGAAACACGAACGAAGUGUUUGAGGUAAGUACGGGCUUCUGAAUUGAUUGAGCAAGAUAUAUUUACGACACUCUAUGCAAUAUGAUCUUUGCAGAAAUAGUGUGUAUUUUAUGAGAAAAUCGAUCUCAUACUCGGUGAUAAUGCGUUUGCUCCGCUUCGGAGUCAAGCCUUUGUGAGCCACAGUGACGACUCCUCGAUUGUGACGUUGUGCACGGUGUAAUAUGAGUAUUUUUCUGAAUUUUGCUAUGAAAUGAUGUUUUACAUCGUCGGAAACCCACGGUCGGUCACACUUCUGUUACCUGUAAAAGAAGUGCGAAUGGCCAUGGGUUUCCGAUGGUGUUUUUUUUUUUAUAGAUCAGCAUGUUCUACACACGUACAUAUACAUUUACAAAACCAUCCACCUAAAUUGACACACAUACAUAUAAUAUAGAUCAAUCCAGCCCGUUAGAAGAAACGAAAAGAGAGAAGAGAAAAAAUGGUGCAGAAAUUAACAUGUAAAAAAAAGCGCUUAGGAAAUUUAUUGUAGUUAUGAACAUAAGAAACAAUUUUGCAAUUCAAAUCAUAUAAAUACUCUGAAAUACUAUUUAGGUUAUGUAUCAUCUGAAAAGGGAUACCAAUGUCACGAAAUUGCUUAAUAUAUGUUGGACAUUCGAGAAAACAAUGUACAUUUCUUUCCAAUUCGUAGCCACAAUGCAAACAUUGUGGAUCAUCAGUCAAAUAGUUGUUCAAUAAAUCAGCAUUCAAAUUACUAGCUUUAUUUGGAAUCAAAAGGUCAGGGUCACUGUUUUAUAUAAUCUCCAAUGCUAACUAUGCAAACGUUCCCAAAUAUAAUGCUUUCCUCAUUUCUUACUUUCUACUACGCCUUACAUUAAAAUUCUAGAUAAAGGAUUACUUCUAUCACAAACUGAAGUCAGAAUUAUAGAAACAUGAUCGAACAGGACUUUUUUGGUUUCGAUCCGGUUUCGAGUUUUUAAUCGCCCCGCAUCCGGAAGGUCGGGAUUCGAAUCCCGGCCACGACACAGACUAAAGUCGUUAAAACAGGUAGUGACAGUUCCAUCGCAAAACACUCAGCAUCAGGUGUGAAUGUCUCUGGUCCUCGGAGAUCACCUUAAAAACGAAUACCCCGUGUCACAGUAGGUGUGGCACGCUAAAGAAACCUCACUGUUCAAUGGCCCAAAGUGCCGAGCUUGAAGCCGUCCACCGGCUUUGGUGACGUCUCCAUAUGAGUGAACAAAUUUUGAGAGGGACAUUAAACAAGAUACAAUCAAUCAAUCGAGUUUUUGGAUUAAGAAAUAAAUUUUGUAUUUGAUUUGUGCUUGACAAAGUUUAUGCUUAAAUGUAUUUUAUAUUUUAAAACACUUAGAUUCACUCUUUAUUUCUUCAACACUUACCUUGCAUAAACCUAAUCAAAUAAGUAGUAAUCACCUUAAGACGUAUGUCAAAGGUCAAAUAGUGUUCUUGAACUUCACUGGUUGUGUUUUGUGAAAUUGCUUUUGGUUGGUUUUCCUGUUGUGGUCAUUCUUUCUCACCGCCAAAGUUGAACACUCUUUUUCUUGUUUUGAGAGAGGAAAGACUACAUUUUCAGAUCUCGACGGAGGCAUUGUAAAAUAGAUGUUUCUUAAUUUUUGGAAUUAAUUCAUUACUAAUCAUCUUCAUUGCUAAAUGUCAGCAAAUUAUAUCCAGUCUAUAUAUUUGCAAAUUUAAUGAAAUUCACUAGUAGCUGAAUGACAAGCUGGACACAAAGAGAUUUUUUUUUUUCUAUUUCUAUUACAUGUAUCGAGUUUAUUGAUUGCAUUGAUCAAUUAUGUAUAUUUAUCAAAAGUAAAGCAGAGAAUCUACCACGGUACAUUGUCUUUUAUAAUCAUUCGAUUAUCAGUUGAUCAUUGAGUAUUUCAUUGAUUGUUAAAAAAAAUUGAGUUCGACUUCAAAGUGCAAGUAUUUUUCGAAACACUGUAUUUGUAAUUACUAAAUUACAGAGUCCAUGUACACAUUCACAAUAUGAUGUCAGUUUUAAUGAUUAUGUAAUUUAUGACUAUCUGUACUAACCAGUAUAUGUAACUUUAAUUGUUAUCCCCCUUAAUUGUAAUGUUGGUAUAAGUAAUACUGUAUCUUGAUUGAAGUCAUUUACAUAAUAUUGUCAAUUGCUAGUUAAUGUUCUUUGUGAUAUCAUAAUUAAUUUCUCGUGCAUUUCUGGGUUGUGCAUAUGUAUAUUAUAAUAUCCCGCACUGUGGUAUUAAAUUCCCUGAACCCACACAGGAGUUAUUUUCUUUACCUACAACGCUGUUACAAUUAGCCAGUCCUGUGAUAAACGGCAUACUAUCAAACCUGGCCUGGUCGCAUUGGCCUGGCCUCAAAAUUGGCCUGACCCCAAUUUUGGCCUCUAAUAAUGUGCUCCAUUCCAAAUUUUGGCCUGGCCUCAAAAGUUAGCCUGGCCUCAAAUUUGGCCUCUAAAAAUUUUUUUGGCCUCCCAAAAAAAAAAUUUUAAUUCAAAGUUUUGAUUGAUUUUUUUUUAUUUAUUAUUGGUUUUAGUUUUUCAAAGCCAUAGCACAUAAAUGACAUGUUUCUUUUGUUUUGUAAAUGUGCACUUUAAAAUAAUCAUGAACUACCACCAAUCUGAUUGAUUUUAUCGAAUAUCUAUUGAUCAGUUUAUUGAUCAAAUCAUUUUCUUUUCCCUUCAUAUCUGUAUGCACUAGUAUACACCAGAAAACGUAUACACAACUAAUGAAAGAUUGGCAUAGUGAUUUUUUCCCCAGAAUUAUGAGUGAUUUCAUUGAUUUAUUAUUGGUUUUGUUUUUUCAAAAUUGUUGAACAUGAAUGAUAUGUUUGUGUUAUUUUUUGAAUGUGCACAUUAAAAUAACCAUGAAGUACCACCAAUCUGAUUGAUUUUAUUGAAUAUCUAUUGAUGAGUUUAUUGAUUAAAUAAUUUUUCCCUUCCUAACAUAUGUACUAGUACACACCGAAAAAGUAUACGGAACUAAUGAAAUAAUUGGCUUAUUGAUUUUUUCAGAAUUAUUAUUGAUUUCAUUGUUUUAUUAUUGGUUUUGAUUUUUUAUAUUUGUUGAACAUAAAUUAUAUGUUUGUAUUGUUUUGUAAAUAUGCACAUUGAAACUCUCAUUUUACUAAUGAUCCACUUCACUUAUUGAUAAUGAAUUUAAAAAAACAAAUUCACACUAGUUUAAUGAUGAAUCAUCACACUUCACAUACUGCAAAGUAUAGUGUACCGCCUUAAUCGCUCUCAUUGAUGAGAACAAUGAGUUUUAUAUCUAGGAAUAAAAAUACUACCAUAAAUCAUACAGAUUGAAACUACAACUUUUGAUGAAUUAAGGAUGUUCAUAUCUGUUUAAACUAUUUGAAAUAAACAUGUGACACUUGUACUGUAAUGGGAUAUCAGUUCUACAGCACCGGUUUUGACAGGAAGUCAAGGUUGAGGUUAAUCUAUGAUAUAUGGUUUGAAAUGUCACACAGCUCUGCACCGAACGUUUAUUUUCAAUAAUUAUCAGAAUGAAAGAUGAUUUUGAUGACAGUCUAAAACAUUAAGAACAAAAUUAAAGCUGCACUUUGUGAACUUCUAGAUGCAUACACUUUUUUUCUCCAUUAUAAGACAAUAUUAUGAGCAUUACAUGUAUCUGAUAUUUGCUUAGAUAUAGCUGCUGCAGUGGUUAGAUAGAGGUACAAACGAUUUUUUUUUUUUUUUUUUUUUGGUUAACUAAUGCAGGCUUUGAUAAGAAGAGGGCCGGUUGACAGAUUUAAUUUAAUAAUUGUAAUUUGUUCUGUUUUACUGUUGCUUUAUCACAAAACCAGAAAAAAAUUCACAAUUUUGAAAAUUCAGACAGACAAUUUUGUAUACCGUAUUUAGUUUAGGCACAAUCAUAAGAUGAGUUACUAAUUAAAAUAUUUUUGUUGUAUCAAACACACCCUAUUUGCAAAUGUUGGACUGCUCCAUUGUUUCUGUAUAAUGGAAUUUCCAACUUCAGCAAAAGUUUUCAUCACCAUCCUUUAAUAUGGUGAUAGAUAUUCCCUUUAUCCUGACAGGGCAGGCCUUCAGAGCAUGGGAACUUGUUACUUUUGCAAUGAAUAUUGAAACUUAAUUAUAAAAUCAAGAAAGCAAUAUUUAUAAUACAUUAUAUCCGUUUUAAUCUAUAUUGUUCAUUCUACGUAAAGUAUAGAUAAAUGAACACUAAAAUACAAAUUUAAGGAAAUCUAAAAUCCUUAGUUCAUUGGCUAUUAUCAUUAUGCUAGCAAACACUUCACUGUGUUUAUUUUGAUUUUUUUAAAAUGUCAUUUAUCAUGCAUUGGAAAUCAAACAUGUAACACUAAAUGCGUGGUAUCUGCACAUUGAAAACAUUAAGACCACAUGCUUUGUUCUGAAUGUGCACUGCUCUUAAAAUCGAAUUCAUUAUAAUGACAACACAAUUGUAACACUUUCAUAAUAUGUAAAUUGAUAUCAAAUUGAAUUCUAUUUAAUACAAAAUAUAUCAAUAAAUCAAUCAUUUCAUCAGUAUACUUUUUGGUGUACUAGUACAUAAGUUAGGAAGGAAAAGCAAAUAAUUUUGUCAAUAAACUAAUUAAUAGAUAAUCAAUAAAAUCAAUCAGAUUCGUAGUAUUUCAUGUUUAUUCUAAUGUACAUAUAUAAUUUUAUUUCUACAACUUUGAAAAACUAAAACCAAUAAUAAAUCAAUGAAAUUAAUCAUAAUUCUGAAACAAAAUCAAUAUGCCAAUUGUUUCAUUAGUUGUGCAGUCUGUUUUGGUGUGUACUAGUACAUACAAAUAUGAAGGGAAAAGAAAAUGAUUUAUUCAAUAAACUGAUCAAUAGAUAUUCAAUAAAAUCAAUCAGAUUGGUGGUAGUUCAUGAUUAUUUUAAAGUGCACAUUUACAAAACAACAGAAGCAUAUCACUUAUAUGCUAUGACUUUGAAAAGCUAAAAUCAAUAAUAAAUCAAUAAAAUCAAUCAAAAUUUUGAAUUUAAAAAAAUAUUUUGGUUGAGGCCAAAAAAAAUUUAGAGGCCAAAGGAAACAUUAAACCUACUGUUUUUGACUUCUCAGAUAAUGAUCCCUUUAUGCUGACUCCUAUUCAUCGUAAAUCUCAUCACAUGCCUGUUAAAGAUUUGGUUAGAUUUUAAUUUUUGUAUUACUUGUGAUUGAUGAAUAAGUUUACCUACAGGUAAAAUCCAUUGUUCACGAGCACAGACAGUGUUUUGAAAUAUUCAGAUCUAUAAUAAUGUACAUCUGGAACGGUGUGGGCUUUCAUUCAGAGGGUUCAUGAACACAUCUGAUAAGUGAUUAACACGGACUUUCAAGUUCAAAGUGAAAUUCGACAGACGAAGUAAGUAAAUAUAUGUAUACCAGCUAAUAUCUGAUUUUCACUUGACAAAAUAGUAUUUUUUUCUGGGUUUUGUUUUGAAUGGUAAAGUAUAAUUCAAUCCAAUCACGUUGGUGAACGAGCUUUCAUAACGUGUAAACAGUGGAAACAAAUGGAAUGAUGUCCUGAUUUGUUUUUCAUAUUUAAGAUUAUUUGCAUACACACGUUAGAACUUCCAGGCAUCGGACGAUGGACGCUUCGGUUAUCCUGCUUGUAAUCCCGGCCAUGAUUCUGCUGAUUGCAUACCUGUCACGAAGCAGGAAAAAUAUACCCCCAGGUCCACCAGGUGUACCGCUGUUAGGAAAUCUCACCGCCCUCAAAACUGAAGACAUGUUAACCGUACUGAGGAAAUUCCACGAUCAAUACGGAGAUGUCUUCAGCAUAAGACUUUUUCACCAUCACAUAAUCUUUAUCGGAGGACACAGGACAACUCGUGAAUUUCUUAUCAAAAAGGGGGAUAUAUUAGGAGAAAAACCUUAUUUUUUUCUCGGAUCAGAAGUAUUUGAAAAUUGUGGUGUGUUCGCAAGUGCGGGAACACCGUGGAAAGAACGGAGAGCUUUCGGUGUAGCGUCUUUGAGAAGUUUCGGAUUUGGAAAGAGGAAUCUACAAACGCGAAUAAUUGAGGAAGUCGAAUAUUUCCAUGCAGAAAUCGAUAGAUAUGAAGGAAAACCUUUUGAUAUCAAACCACUGAUAUCUAACAGCAUCGCGAAUGUUAUAUCUGUGCUGGUUUUCGGUAAGAGGUUUGAGUUUGCAGACCCAACCUUCACCGAACUUUUCCAACUGUGGAACAAAUUUUUCCUCACUAUUCCCAUGCAGUCGCCGAUCAACCUCUUUCCAUUUUUGAAGUAUUUGCCCGGGGACCUAUUCGCCUAUAAAGACUUCAGACGACGAUUUGAUAGAAUACAUGAAAUUUUAAACAACAUAUUGGACGAGCAUCGAUCGACGUUUGAUGAAAAUAACAUUCGAGAUUUUAUUGACUGUUUCCUGCAAGAACAGAAAAAGCACAAUGGUUCAUCUGAGAACAACACGUUUACAGACAAACAGCUUCUGGUCAUGAUCUCAGAGUUCUUUGCCGCUGGUAUGGAAACUACAUCCACAGCAAUUCGAUGGGGAAUUGUAUUCCUGAUGCACAACCCAGAGGUACAGAGUCGCAUGCGGAAAGAAAUCAACAGCGUUAUCACUUCCGGAAGGUUUCCAACACUAGAGGACAAACCGGAACUUCCUUACUGUGAGGCCGUCUGCUUUGAGAUCCUGAGACUCGGAAAUGUAGCUCCUACCACUGCACCACACGCCGUGAAACAUGACGUAGAGCUCAACGGAUAUGUAAUUCCUAAAAGUGCAACACUAUAUAUAGAUCUAUAUUCAAUAAAUGUGGAUCCUGAGUCAUUUUCUGACCCCCUUACCUUUAAACCUGACCGAUUCAUUGAUGAACAUGGGCAACUUUUUGGAACAGAUAAGAUAGGCUCAUUUUCGCUGGGUCGUCGGGUGUGUAUGGGAGAAUCGAUGGCCAAAAUGGAGUUAUUCCUCUUCAUGACGUCACUCGUUCAACGCUACCAAAUAGAAAACGAGAGAGGGGAACCCUUACCUUCUUUGGAGGGAAUUGUGGGGUUUGUCUAUAGUCCCAAGCACUACGACGCCCGCUUCAUUAGAAAUGAAUAAAUAGUUUCGUCUGUACGAAUAAAAAUCUUUUCUCUGAGAGGUUUCUUGAUUAAGGAGUCUGUUAUGUCCAGCAUUAACUUGCAAAAUACUCAGAUUUACUAAUAUUGUAGUUUGGUCUCAUUUGAGGAUUUUUUAAAUUUCAAAUUUGAAUUCUUAGUGCCAAUGGCGUAUCAUUUUUAUUUAUUUUUUUCGCUUCGAAACAAACAGGCACGGACGCUGUAAACCCACUACAGUUUGGCAGAUUAUCAAGCGUAACUCUUUUGUGAAUUUUGGAUUUCUUAAACAAUAAAUGAAUUUGAAAAGAAAAUUGGUCGAAAACGAAUUUUUACUAAAUUUAAAGGGGGAUUUAAAAAUCAUCUCCACUUGUCCAAUAUUUUAUUGGUUCACUGUAUGACGGAAGGGUAUGUCUGCUAGCAAUAUUAUGAUGCAAUAAAAGUACUUUACCAUUCUCAUG